AUGCAAGAAAAACAUAAAAGAUAUACAAAAGACUACUCGAGUAGAAGAAGAGAAAAGAAUAUUAAUAGACAUCUCAUAUCUGCUGAUUCGGCUGAAAUGCUGUUGUUUAAUAUUCGUAGCUCAAGUCGUUCUAAUCCAUUGAGAAUAUACGUUUCUCCUGGAACCUAUAACUCAACUGAAAUUAGUAACAUUAACUUUCACUCCAUGAAAACCAGUUUAUAUCAGACACCAAACACUACAGGACAAGUUACAUUUGGUGGAGGAGAUGUUGAUGUAAUCACCAAUAUCCCAUUAAUUCAGUUCGAUGAUGCCUCUACAACCUUUGACAGCUCAAUAGCAUUGAUAGAUAGUAGUUUUGUCAGUGUUGGUGAUAGCAUAGAUCUGUUACUUAUAUUGAGUGGAUCAAUUGUAAUUAGAUUUGUAGAACCUGAACCAUUAUUCACUUAUUGUCUAUUUGAAGGAUCAAAAUUUAACAAAAGUCAAUACCGACUAUCAAACUUUGGUUGGGUAAUUAAGGGACUACCAACAAGAGAGACACAGAAUUUACCAGCUUGGUCAAUAUCAAUCAUUGUAGUUGGUGGUGUACUUUUGAUCGUUUUAUCAAUAGUAUUAAUAAUCAAAUUUAAAAAAAAAUAA